AUGAACGGAGAUCUGAGCCUGUCCCAGUCCCUGGGCGGGCUCCGCAUAGCGAAUCCGGAUGACUCGCCCCUCCAGUCGGAGGAUGCGACCGCGGAUUCGACGGGUCCAGCCGGACCACCGGCCGGUUCGGUAUCAACACAUCCACGCCUGCCCCCGAUACCUACGCUGGACGACCACGCAACAUCCUUCCCUCCCGCCCCGAUCGAUGCGCCCGCCACCGAGAACCGCUCGUCAGUCAUCUACUCGUUUCCCGAUGCCCCCCAACCCGCGUCUGCCUACCAGCCGUACUCAGCCCAACCACACUCCACGCCCCCAAACCCGAACCGCCCCCUAUCCUCCGUCUACACCAACGGCUCCGUCUCGUCCGUGCUCCCUCGGGAUAACUCCUAUCGCAUGCGAACCGACUCCGGCGCCUCUUCCACCUCGACCUCCCAUUCGCGCCUAAUUGACACCCGUGGGGGUUCGGCAGCGCUGCAGGCAGGCGUUCCAGCGCGGGAUAACUCGCACAGCGACCGCUCCUAUCGGACAGCCCAGAUUCCGACCAAUGGGCCGGUAAUGCGUCAGUCAUCUCGUGCCCACGCCCGCGGAGGAGCUGCGCCCCAAAUGUCACGAUCGCCGUACGGCAUGGAAAACGGGCCGACCCCAAGCAGUGAAGACUGGCAGGAUCGUGGCGCUGCGGUGGCUGUGAGGCAGGAAGUCGAUGCCAACGGAAAGACCGUGGCUCGCUACAUCAAGAAGGGCGUGCGCGAUUUCUCCUUCGGAAAUACUCUCGGCGAAGGCUCCUACAGCACCGUGGUAUUUGCGACGGAUCGACAAACAUUGAAGGAAUAUGCCAUCAAGAUCCUCGACAAGCGACACAUCAUCAAGGAAAAGAAGGUCAAAUACGUCAACAUUGAGAAGGAUACUUUGAACCGCCUGACUGAUCACCCGGGCAUUGUACGACUCUACUACACCUUCCAGGAUGAACGAUCGCUUUACUUUGUGCUGGACCUAUGUAAAGGAGGAGAGUUACUCGGAGUCCUCAAGCGGAUGACCACCUUUGACGAAGAAUGCACCCGAUUUUACGGCGCCCAGAUCUUGGACACGAUAGACUAUAUGCACAAGCGCGGGGUGAUUCACAGAGAUUUGAAACCGGAAAACGUCUUGCUCGAUCACCAGAUGUAUGUCAAGAUCACCGAUUUCGGAACCGCGAAGAUCCUUAAAACACGACGACCGGACGAGAGCACGAGCUCUAUCCCCCCGCUCGACUCGACCGAGAUCCCGGAGGAGGAGCGCGCAAGCUCCUUUGUCGGCACCGCGGAAUAUGUCAGCCCGGAACUGUUGACCGAUAAGAACGCGUGCAAGGCUAGUGAUCUGUGGGCUUUCGGGUGCAUUAUUUACCAGCUUCUGGCUGGACGCCCGCCAUUCAAAGCCGGCAAUGAAUACCAGACGUUCCAGAAGAUCGUUGCCCUGGAUUACGAAUUCCCGGUCGGAUUUCCCGCCGUUGCUCGAGAUCUGGUCGAGCGUCUACUGGUCCUUGAUCCAGCUCGACGUUUGCAAAUCGAACACAUCAAAAACCAUGAAUUCUUUGAUGGGAUUUCGUGGGGUCCGGAGCUAUGGAAACAGAAGGCACCUCGCUUGAAAGCAUAUGUCCCGCCCCCACGUGAGCCCAUCAAACUCAAUGGUGAAGGUGGCGAUGCUUUCCCCCCAAGUAUCUCUACCGCGCCGCCCAAUGCGACGAGCAACAACUCUCGUGCCCUCCCACGAGUGGUAACUGAGCUACCCCCACCCAGCCAGCUCGACAUUGAGUGGUCGCCUGUGCUGAGCAAGUCCAAUGAACGCAUUCUAAAGCUAGGAAACAUGGUAGUAUUGUCUUCUUCGGCAUCUCAUAGCCCAACCUCGAAGAACAAUGGUGAAGCCGAAGCCCCGAAGAAGUUCUCUCGUUUCUUCUCCGGUUCGGCGACCAAGAAACGCUCACGUCUAGUCAUGGUCACAUCCUCGGCGCGGAUCAUUCUAGCCGCGGCUGGUGGUGAUGAGAAGAAAGCGAAGCUGGAAAUUUCCCUCUUAGCUCCCGGGACUCACUAUCGGAGUACGACUGACGCCAAGGGACAUUCUUCCUGGAUUGUGGAUACGAGGGAUAAGCAUUACGUCUUCGAGGAUCCCAAGCCGACCUCAAGCAACAUCGGGAAUGCGGCCGUGUCAACACAAGAAUGGCUCGAUGCACUGGACCGGGCACGUGAGAUGGGUUCGGCCCAACAGAGCACUGGCCCUUACUCUGCCGAAGAUGCUUUCCGGGACAUCUCCUCGGGCUUCUCCAGCCAUGCCAAUACCCUUGAUCGCAGUACAGAACUUCAGAAUGAAAGCAAUGUUCCUGCUUCCGGCCGCAAUCACUUGGUGAAACAUCAAGGCAACGAUUCAGAUUCAGUAAAAGGGAAGAAGAGGUUUAGCAAGCGGCAUUCUAAGAAUGGACUUGCUGCUGUCUUCUAA